AUGCUAAAGCAAUGGGCAAAAACAAAAAUAAACGAAGUGGAAUGGAUUGAACUUCAACUUGAAGACAAAUUUAACAAUAUUAAAUUUGAAACCACUGAGGUUGCAGAUAUUGAGAAAAGCCAGGAAAAAAGUGUUAAAAAAGAUUCAAUAACAUUGAAUAAAAAUUCACUACUCAACAUUAGCCCCAUCCAAGAAACUAACAAUAAUUUCAACAGUGAGCCUAGCAUUAUUGAUUCUUCUCCAAGUGACUUGGAAAAUAGGCCUUCAAAGGAAUCUAGUUACGAAAAUCAAGAUCAAAAUUUCCAAGAUAAUCAAAAAUCAGGGGUUGAUAUCGAAGUUCAACAUCUGGAGAACUACAAUGAGCAAAAUCAAGUUGAAGUUCUUCAAGAAGAUCAAGGAUUGGAUAUCAGAGACGAACACAUCAUGGUGUCUGCUGACCUCUCGGCUGACCCGAAUCACAUUGCAAAUAAAGAAAACAAUAAGUGGUCUUCUUUGAAGUACAGUCGAUCAAAACGGCUUAGAAGGAAAAGAGAAUCUUUACAGAAAAAUCAACCACUAAUAACCAAUUUCUCAACUUUAAUUCAAAAAAUAUCCACCAUUAUUGAAGAAGAGGCUGACCAUUUUAAAGAUUUCACAGAAGCUGCAAAAAAACUUGAAGAAACCCGAGAAAAUAAUUGUGACAAUGAAAAUCUUGAAAAAAUUAUUUUUAACGAUAAUGAGGUGACAAACGAAGGAAAUAUAGACAUUGGACAAAAUGUACUUGCUAAUGAUUUAGUACUUGUUCAAGAUGAAAAUCUUUUAGAUGACAAUAUUGACUUGAGAGAUUAUUCAGAUCAAAAAAUUUAUAUAUCUGAGGGCAGCCCUUAUCUAAGAGUAACCUUACCCAAUGAUAAAAUGACUGAUUGUGAUUGUUUGCCUCUUUGCACAGACUUAUACUACAACGUUGAAACUUCUGCCUCUUUUUGGGAGUGGAGAGAUGCAAUAAAAGUAAUCAAUCCAGCAUUUGAAAAUUUUUUUGAUCGAUCUGGAAUGUCAAUGUCCAGUUUGGUAAUCUACUUCAAGAACAACCAAUUCGUGACAUCUAGAAGACACGAGCUCUAUGGGCCAACAGACUUUUUAGGAAAUUUUGGUGGUUUAUUGGGACUAUUUACCGGGUUUUCCAUUUUAUCCUUGAUGGAAAUAAUUUAUUUUUCAACUGUCAGGAUAAUUUGCAAUUUUAAAUUGUACGGGAAAUGGUCUGGCGACGAAAAAAUGGAAUAA